AAGUUGGUAAACUUCCUAUGUAAGCUAGAUUUUGGUUCUGAAGCAAAAACUAUUCCUUACUUUUGAAAACAAUGUGUUCUUCCUAAUUGUACAUGUCACAAAUUUGAUCGUGCUUAAUAUUGUAUAUUGUGGAUGAUACGCAGGUCGGUUUGAUGAGACAUGGUAAAUUGUUAGCUGAAUCGGCGCCGCAGAAAUUACUGGAGCAAUUUCAAUGUUCGUCAUACGAGGAAAUUUUCCUGAAAUUGUGCGAGGCACAGAAUAAUGCAGUCACUUUAACUGAAGCUCAGGGAUCCAAUAUGGAAGACGCUAGUAGCGAUGCCUUCAAUCACGAUCAAGACAAAUAUGAACAUGCAACUAAAAGAAAACCGGUUUCGAAAAGACAAGUUUCACGAUUAAGAAGAUUCAAAGCUCUAUUUGUGAAGAACAGCAUCCGAUUUAUUCGUGAUUACUCGUAAGUAUUUAUCAUAACUUAUCAAUAAUGCAAAAGGGAUGGUUUUGUCAACAAAAUAAAAUUGCAAUUGUUUCCAUUUCGAAUGUUGCCUUUUCGAAUGUUUCCUUCAAUAUACUUGUACAGUACUGAAUUAUCAUAUACGAGCUAGAGGUUAUAUUUCAACAUCUUGAGCUUUUAUCAACUGGAAAUUUCAUAAUAAUAAUUCUUACAGACAGCUAAUUAUUGCGAUUUUUGCCAAUAGUCGAAUCCAGUAUAUUGCUAUUCGCAAUAGGUAGUGAUCCAAAGAACUUGAAUAUUGUAAUUGUUAAUGAUGAAGCUGGCAGUUGCGAAUACGGCAGCAACUUUGACAAUAUUUAGAAUGAUGAAACUACUUGCCACUUCGGCAAUCUAAGGGUAAAACUUUACAAACACGGACCCAGCCCCAAUGACCUUGACCUUGG